UUGCAGAACACCGUGACCUGAAGCUUCGAGUUGGUAAGAGACCAUUUCCAGUGGGCAAUGGGAGGGGUGUUGCCAUUGUGGAACAGAGACAGAACUGCACUGCCCUUGGCAAUGCAGAGAUGUCUCUGAUGCUGUACCCAGGAGUUAGGGAUGGAUGGUGACCAGUUCUCCUGCUCUGGGGUCAUCAUUCUUCUCCCCGGGUAUCUGUCUGGAUCCAGCAGUGGCAGUGUCCUCUCACUGACCAAACCGCAGCCCAUAACACUCCCUGUUUCUGUUUCAGAUGCACUAAGCAGAGAAGUGGUGUUCAGAAGAGCUCGAAGCCACAUGGUGCCCAUCACCCUGGAUGAAGCACAGAAACACUCGGGGCUUGCUGUGUCCUCUGACCGCAGAACAGUCCAGCACAAGCCACCUGCCCAGCGGCCCAUCACCGAGGGCCAGCUCCCCGUCGUGGUGGGGAGGGAGGGCUUUGCCUCUGGGCAGCACUACUGGGAGGUGCUGGUGGGAGAUGGUCUGGACUGGGAGCUGGGGGUGCUGACGGAGCCUGUGAGGGGGACACUGAACGAGAGGAGGUGGGAGGAUCUCCCUGAGAAUGGGGUCUGGUCGCUGAGAAGGGUGAGUGGGGAGUACUGGCCUGAGGAGGCCAAUGCCAAGAUACUGUCCUGGAGCAGUGUCCAAAUACCAGCGUUUGGGCUGUACCUGGACUUAGAGCAGAGCACACUCUCCUUCUACAACCUUGUGACUUGUGACUGCAUCCUGGAAAUCUCCAUUGAAGGCCUUGAAGGGUCAACCAAGCUGUACCCCUUCCUCAGGCCAGGCCUUGGUGAGGCAGGAGAGGAGGGGAAACCCCUCACCAUCAACCACAACAUUGACUGGGACUUUCCAAACACAUUCUGGCUCCAAAACAAUACAGGAAAAACUGAGCUGAGCUGCAGUAAACCUCAUUGA